CGCUUGUUCGCUUUGAGUUGGAAGUGAAAGAAAUAAGUUAGCGACAUUUGUUAUCUCUGUUUAAACCUCAGUCGGUGGAAGACAGUGAUUCAGAGAAAUCUAACAUAAUCGACGUUUCUUAAAGCCGCAUAAGUAAAGAGUGUUUAUUUUAUAAGAAUGCCAUUCGUGUAGUUUUUAUACGCAAAGUGAAUGAGACCAUGAAUGAAUGACGAAUGGAAAAAUUGACGUACAAGUGGCUCCAUCGUAAGAGCUAUGAGGAAACAAGCUAUUGCACAAUCAGGAGUUUCUAGAAUUCCAGCGACCUCUCCGCCGGCAUGCUGCUGGAUGAUGAAAGUUUUCGUGCGACUUUCCGCGUGAAGAUUCGCUUUCCUGCACCGCGAUUUCUCAUGUGAUUUGCGCGACAGUCAAUGUGAGUGAAGUGUAAAUCAUCAUUUCGGUGUAAUAUGCAUUAUUUAGAUGUCUCGUUAGAGCUGCCAGGAAAUCCUGAUCGCAAGAUAAGUCUAAUAUUUCUGAAGAAGCAUGUUGUACAGUCUGUGAAGGAAUUAUUUGGUGAAGAAGGAAUCAAGUGUACCAUAGACAUUUUAAAGUACAAUAUCUCAGAACGUAGAUUUAUAUUACGUUGUGAAUUAAAUGAUUAUGUGCGACUGAGAGCAGCUUUAACUCUUGCAACGAAAUACGAGGAAGAUACUUGUAGCUAUACUGUGCAUCGAGCAUCUCCAAACUUAUUAUCCUUCACUGCAAAUAGCAGAUCGUAUGUGCACUAGGUCAGAAUUAACAUUACGGACAAGUAUUACGAGUUGCAAUUCGUAAUUCUUUUCAAAUCUAGAUUAACUCUAAAGUUGGAAUCACAAGUGUAAACACAGGAAAAGAGCUUUUGAGACCAUCAUAAAGUGUUCAUAAAUUUCGUUUUAUUGCAAAUCAUAAGGAAAACCAGAUAUGCCCCUAACAAAACAGGAAGGCAAAGAUACAAUAAUUUUUGCUUCUAAAGAAGAUCAUGCAACACCAAGCAAAGUGGAUUUACCAGAACCUGAACCUAGUCCAGGACUGAUAUUACCAAAUGGGGAAAUAAACUGGAACUGUCCAUGUCUAGGUGGAAUGGCCACUGGACCUUGUGGCCUGGAAUUCCGCGAAGCAUUUUCCUGCUUUCAUUAUUCCGCUGCUGAACCAAAGGGAUCUGAUUGUUACGAGGCCUUCAGAACCAUGCAGGCCUGCAUGUCGGAAUACCCUGCUCUUUAUGGGAACAAGGAUACAGACUUGGAUGACCUUGAUGAUGAAAAUGCUAAUGCUAUAAGUAAUGAUAAGGGGAAAUCAUCAGCAGAUGAAACUCACAAGAGAAAGGAAGUUACAAUGGAUACAGCUUCGACUACCACAAAUAAUGAAGAUAGACCAGAGACAUCAAGUAGUAAAAAAGAGGUAGAACAAGCUAAGGAUAAAUGAAUUAUAUAUAAAAAAAUGUGUCCAGUUUUAUUGUAUAACUUUUGCCACUUGUAGUAUCUAUUAUUCGAUGCCAAGCGAAAUUGGUUUUCAAAGGCCUUAACAGGAUUUUGUUUCCAUCUGGAUUUGUGUUAUUAAAAUACGUUAAUUUUCGUGAAAAAUAUUCCUUCACUUAAAAUGCCAACGAAGGAUAAACGAAUAUCGUUAUCGUCGAAUAUUAUUAUUAUCAUAUAACCAAUUUCUAAUUCCUGAUUUAUGCUUCAAUAGUUAUUGCGAGAAGGAUGUUCCAAUUUGUGUUAGAAGACAUGAGUCUCAAGAAAAUGAGAAUCCUUAACCUAAACCCUUAACAUGCAUUCGGCUUUUUACAAAAUUUCGUCGUUAUUUUUUAAUUCCUCAAAGCAAAUCAAUUAGCAACAUUCUCAGCACUGCAUUUAAUGUAUAUGCACAAGAUGAUUCGAAGGAUUCUAAGCCAUGAAUAUUAUCAAUUCUUUUCCCAGUGAUUUAAGUAUCAAAGACUGACGGGAAUGAUUUAAAUAUUCAUGUAAGCACAAUUCUUCAAAUCGUCUGACACUGCAUGAAUAAAGGCAUUUGUAUAUACUUA